AUGGCGUGCUACAAGGUGGACAUCACCGCACUCAGCGAGACUCGAUUCUCCGAACAAGGUCAAUUGGUGGAGGUGGGUGCCCGCUACACCUUCUUCUGGAGCGGUCGCCCCAGACUAGAGCGACGAGUCGCGGGCGUCGCCUUCGCCAUUCGGAACGACAUCGUGAGACGACCGCCCUGUCUGCCGCAGGGCAUCAACGAUCGGAAAGAGUGUAGGCGAGGAAUACGAAGACGGUGAAGAAUCUUGGUACUCAGUCAUAUGAAAUCAGACUGGUUGGACUUAAUUUGCUUCCUCUAAAUUACUGCGCGGCGACCUCAUUCAGACCCUUCGGAUUCUUAGAGGCUGUUAAUGUGUCCUACCGCUCGGGACUUCUUUGGGCUGGCUGGAACAGGCUGCCUGCGUGGUCGGACAUUUAAAUUGCAAAGGAAGUCGGCCCAGACGGAUGUCGAAACGCCUUUUCCCAGAGAGUAGACAGAGUCCGGAACGGACUAUGCUGCCGUGGUGCCUUCAAACACUACUGAAACAAUAAAAUGCACAUUCGUUAUCCGUUUGCUGAAAAACUACUGCAAUAUAGUCAUGAGUGUAUCGGUAGUGGCAGUUUGCGACUGGCUCACACAUACCGACGACUUUACGCUUUCCUGAUUUACUGCUGUAACAGUGAUUUUAUCACUUUUCACAAAUGAAUAUGGAAUUUAAGGGUGAAAACCCCACCUUUAGAAAAAAGUGACUAAAAUUAAAAUGGCCCACUUCGGACUGCUGGAAGUAAAGCAUUCCAGUACAUGAAGGGAGGAAAAUAUGGGGAGAGGAGUUAACUGCAAUGCGAAUCAAAGUUCGACGGGCUGAAGACCCCCCUCUGUAAUCUAUCCCUUGACGUGAUAUUUUUAACAGAAACCAGAUUGACACAGCACGUGGACGACCGUGAGUUAACUUUGCCUGGCUACCAGCUGUUUAGAAUGGACAGGGAGGAACGUCACGGAGGAGUACUGACGUAGGUGAAACAUGGGGUAAAUGUAUCAGGCAAAACCAGUAAAUGUUCGUGCACUUCCGAGGCAAUUUGGCUGUCCAUUAAAAUGCCUGGCUCACCAAGCCUCGAUGUCCUGACAGUCUAUCGACCGACGAGAAGGGACAACGUCGCCGACGCUCUCCUGCUGGAUGAACUCGGAAAGUUUGCUACGCGGCCGGAUAUCCUGAUCAUGGGUGACCUUAACGCGCCUCACAUUUACUGGAGCUCGACCCACGCAAAAAGCUAAGAAAAGACCUUCGAUGGGAGUUUGGUGAACACGACACUGAAGUUAUUUCUCACUCCACGUUUCCAACUAGAGUACGCAAAGACCAACAGGCCAACUGCCUUGGUGUUGUCCUUACGAAAUCACAGGACAGCACUGAUGAGGUGUCAUGCCUACCCCUGGGUAAGUGACCACGUCGUUCUACUUUGAGAUUACUUGCUCUUUUCUAUGCUCGAGAAAACCAUGACAGUUAGAAUAAAUACCUGGCGGGGAGAUUUUGAUCAAAUGAGGGCUGAAAUUACACGCAUUGAGUGGUAAUCGACAUUUGUUGAAAACGUACUCGAGGACUGGCAAAAUUUCCGAGAAGUACUGCACAGGCUCAUCACAAACCACUGUCCGCUUCCACGAAAGAGGUUAACUAACAGACCUCUAGGGUUUGCGCAAGUCUUAAAGAAUGAUGCGAAUAAAAAACGAAGGGCGUGAAAAAAAUCGCUUACUGACAGGAGCCUCACAUCCAUAAGUGCGUACAACGUUCAAAGAAAUCGUGUCAAAGGCCUUGUCCUCAGAACAAGAAGAGAAAUCGAACUACGUCUGCUUAACUAUGUCGCAGAGAACCCUAAAUUAUUCUACGGUUACAUAAGACAGAGCACGCGUAACAAGGACCCAUUACUAUUGCUAAGAACUGCUGAAGGCGAAAAUCCCCCUGAAAAAAGAGCGAAGGCUGAUCAUCUUUCAGAACUUUUUUCCGUCUGUUUUUAGUAGAAAAGUUGGGUUAAACCCUCACGCAAGUGACUCCGAAAAGGUCUCACUUAUUUAGACCGUUCUGUUGGCUGAGGGCACGAUUCUGAUAAAGCUGAUGUAGCUAAAGGAAUCAACAUUACCAGGUCCCGAUGAGAUUUCGGCGAAGAUUUCGAAGGAAGUCGCCAGUGAGUUGGAUAAAUUACUCUCUAUACUUUUCUAUACAUCCCUCGCGGCCGGAUGUCUGCCAGCCGACUGGAAAUCGGCGUGGAUUACGCCGCUGUAUAAGGGGGAAGUCGGGCCCCUACAAACGAUUACAGACCGGUCAGCCUUACCUCCAUUUGCCACAAGAUCAUGGAGAAAAUAAUUAAUUAACAAUUGAUGCAGUCCUUUGAGCAAAACUAUUUACUUUCCGAUUUCCAGCAUGCAUUCCGCAAAUACAGGUCCUGUGUGACAAACUUGCUCUACUGUCUGGAACACUGGACUCGAACUGCUGAUAGAGAGAAUAUGCAGUAUGUCAUUACUGACAUAGACAAGGGAGACUGGAAUGGCCAUUUCUGGCUUAUUAGCCGUCGUCAGCCAGUCAUAACCAGCUCCGAAGUGUGUGGAACACCCGAGGCUCGAACUGGCGACCUGUUAGUUAGAAGUCCACGCCUCUAACCACUGGGCCACAGGCCCGUUGCCUUGUCGGAUUCGAUGGAAAGGCGCUCACCGACCGUUCUUAUGGAACUCACUCGUUCCGUUGUGCCUUAUGGGCUCUCUCUCGAGCCCAAACAGCAGCCGCACACGGCGCAUGAUAUAGGCAGAAUGGUACUACCGACAAAGACAAGGGAGACUGCAAUGGCCAUUUCUGACUUAUUGGCCGUCGUACCGGUGUUCCACACUUCGGGAUUGGGUAUGAGUGGCUGACGACGACGGAUGUCAGCGUAUGAUCCAAUGAAUUGUGACUGAAGUUUCAGUGUUUGUUUCCAUACUACUUGGCCCAUUUCAGUGACGAGUUUUGAUACUUCACAAUUUGGGAACACCAGCAACACAUUGGCACAUAGUAGUGUUUACCAGAUAGUUACAUGCUUGCUGUAUUUAAAUAUUUAACCAAUCUUCUUCCCAACUUUCUCUUUGUAUUGGCGUUUUUGCGACGUUAUUGUAACCAACAGUUCGGCCGUCCUGCCUGACCAUGUCCACCGUAUGCUCCGCAGCGAGGUGAGAGCAGGCACGGUGAUUUGUGUGUGAGUUGGUUCGUAGUGGUUUGUAGCACAGCAUCUACCGCACUCCCCUCUCUUCCCCACCUGGGCCCGAUGUCAAGACAGAGUCAAGAAGACCGGAGGCGAAGAGGGGCGCAGGUGGAUGGCACAGCCGGGCCCGCACCUUGGCGCCCCACUUCACAACCCCUGGUCCACACCGGAAAUGACCAGGAUCUUAGCUAACAACACCACAACGGGUCAGAGGGACGAAGAUGACUGAGCAGCCAUGCUCACAGCCUGUAUAUCCAGAGAGCAGGGAGCUCAAAGGCGUUUGCCCACCUUUCCCUUAGUAAAACUGAAUUUAAUUAAACCGAUAUAGUCAAACCUUAUUAUAGGUCAAGACAAGUGGUUUUAUCAUGUCCACACUCUCUGAAAUGGGGGCCCUGUGAAGUCGACCC